CUGGUUACUUCCUGAACGUUGUCAAAGUUAAUGGUGCAUUGGCGGCUGUUAUUUUAUACCCACGAGUUCCCUAGGAGCGGCUUGUUCUAGGAAACAAUCUAUGCCAUGGCUGUUGCACUGCAAAUGGCCAGCAUGACAUAACAAUUCCAAAUGCCGUUUGCUGUUGUCUGUUUUGUCAUCGACUUGUGAUUUUUGUUGUGUCGCCAGGCCUGGCUGAAAUGACAGUCAUGAAGCUAAACGUCCACUCCAGGUGUUCGUCUGCUUUGAAAGUCUUAAGACAGUGAGUUGUGACGCAGAGGAGUUACAGAUUUUGUAAGUCCAAUGGGUGUGGUUUGCAGUUUCUGAGACAAGGGAGAUAAGUUGCAGACAAAACAUUCUCGCAGUGAUUCGUUAUAAGAGACAAGCUGCUCAUCCGAAGUGGUGUGGAGAUUUUACAUUCCCUAAAGAGAUAUUGUCCGUCCCCCCAAAAUGGCUUCAGAUUUUGAUCCGGAUGAUAAGUUCAGUUGGUUCUUCGGACCGAUGAGCCGUGAUGAGACCAAUGACAUGCUGACUGACCAAAGUGAGGGGGUCUUCCUGGUGCGAGAAAGCCAGACUUUGAAAGGAGACUUUGUGUUGUGUGUCAAAGAGGACAGCAAGGUAAGCCAUUAUCUGAUCAACAGGAUACAGAAACCAGGAGGGUCAAUCUGGUACAAGAUAGGAGAACAGGAGUUUCCAGACAUGCCCAGUUUGCUCAGAUUUUACAAAAAACAUUAUUUGGAAACCUCAUCAUUAAUCCGGCCGGCCCCAAGAGAAAAAGUGCGAUGUAAAUAUGACUUUGCUGGAAGGGAUCCAGAAGACUUGCCUUUCACCAGAGGGGACGUUUUAGAAAUUAUAAUGAAAGAUGAAGAAAAAUGGUGGACAGCUCGCAAUAGCAAUGGGGUUGUUGGUCAGAUCCCUGUGCCCUAUGUGGAAAAGUGUACUGGGACAGAUGGCAGAAUUUCCAGUGACGGCGUCCGGCCAGACUACAACACACCCACGACAGGGGUAAAGUCAAAAGGUCCUAAUGUUCCCAGGGUCCCCUCUGAGAUAACCCUUCCUGCUCAAGCCAAAGUGAUUCAAGAACGAGUACCUAAUGCCUAUGAUAAGACUCAGUUGAAACUAGAGAAAGGAGACAUAGUAACAGUGACACAGAUGCACCCUAAUGGCCAGUGGGAGGGCGAGUUGAAAGGCAAGAAGGGGUUUUUCCCCUUCACACAUGUGACCUUGAUUGACCCAAACAACCCUAAUGGCGAGGACGGCGACAUCGAGAGAACAUAGUCAGGAUACUUCCAAUUAGGCUGCUUCUUAUAAUAAACCACAGUUUGAUUGUUUUGCAAGGACUGUGCAUCGUAAUAUUGAAUGGACUGUACACAUGCUUAAGAAAUAGACUUAACAUGGACCCUUGCUGAGUGAGGAGGGGGCAACCUACCUCCCUUCAUGACAAGGUACUAGUUAUCUCCCUUUGACUGGAGUGUGUAAUAAUGGGAUGGCUUCUCGCUAAGAGCCUUAUAUUACUUGGGGAGAGAGCUGCUGAUGGGGUAAAUGUGUGCCAUUCUUCAGGACAAACCUGCAGGAUUACUUGCCCAGGGGAGCAACAACAACAGCUACAUUAUCUUUUACACCUUGAAAGUGUUAUUUUCAUUUGCCUUAUGUUGUUGUCAUAAGAUUGUUUUCUGUGGCAAAGUGUUGUGAAGUUUUGUGCUUACGGUGCGUGAGUUGAAAUGUAUAAUAUUGUAUAUACCACGGCUAUGUUCCUGUAGCUGAUUCAUGUCAGUGCCCACCACACGAGGCCAACUCCAGCCUCGGACACUGCACUGGCUUUUAACCUUCUUACCUGCACCAGCUUACCAGGACUGCGCUCAGAAGAUUAACGUCUAACAUUGAGGCAUCAGAUAUGCGCCGUACUAUUCCAGUCACAAACAGUACUCAGUCACAGGAUGGUAUGAACAAAAAUGAACCAAUUUGUUGUUACGGGAUGGAAGUGCACUGCACUGAAAUAAGCUGUACAUUAAGUGAUUGGGUAUAUGU